AUGGAGAGUUUGCGUCGCCUGCUCCUCGGGAUCCAUCUCAUCUUCAUCCAUCCCUGGCCGGCGAGAGGAAUCUGUGAGUUUCUUGCCUUCGGUUGCUCCCAGCAACUGCUCUACUCUCGCUGGAAUUUCGCAAAUACGGCAGAAUGCGAGAAGCACUUCUUCCCCUGUUCCGACUCUUCCCGGGCGUGUAUCCAUCAGUCCAUGUAUUGCAAUGGGAUCCGGGACUGCCCCGACGGCGAGGACGAGAAUCCCUACAAUUGCAAGAAGAAUAAGAUGACGGGGCACCUAGGAGGCAUCUCCAGGCAGAAUCCAGACCUCGGGGAUGUCGAGGAGAAUUAUUUCGACUGCUGUGAGACUCCUCUUCUGUGA